GGGCUGCUGUGCUCGGCCCCGGCUGGAUGGGUCCGUCCUUUCUGAACAGAAGUAAGCUGUGAAUAAAAGCUGCUCUUGCGAGAAGGGAACCCUUAUACAGCUGGAGCUGCACUACAACGGUGGAAAUUUUCUCAGAUUCUUUUACUGCUGAAAUCAUCACUACGUAAGAUGCAUCCAGACCUGUCUCCUCACCUGCACACUGAAGAAUGUAACCUCAUUAUCAGUCUGCUCAAGAAGUGUCACAAGGAGCACAAUGUUCUGAGGCUUUUUGGCCAUUGCAAUGAUAUCGAUCGUGAGAUGCGGAAGUGCUUAAAGAAAGAGUAUGAAGAAAAAAGGGCCAGGAACAAGGAGUUGCGUCGGAAAAUAAUUAAUGCUCACACAAACUUUGAGAAGUGAGCUAUACCGUACAUGGACAAUUGCGUCUCAAUAGGGACACUCACUUGAAAGUUGAUAGACUAUCUCUUUCAAGUUGCCAAUGUUCAACCUGUGGUUUGUGAAACGGUGGAAAAAUAAAUGUACCUAAAACAUA